ACCUUGGGCGAAUAUUAGCGCGCAGUCGAGAGUUCGAUACGGUUCGAGUACGUUGCAAUAAACAGCCUCCAGAUACGAUGAACACUCACGGUGCGAACUACUACGUUCCGAUUCAGGACGAAACGUGUGAGAAACAGCACAAUGAUUUUGAUAAACCCCGCUACACACCUCGUAUUUUGGGAAAGAGAUUUGCCUUGACAUCGACCGCAUAUAAAUUUUUGGAUGUUGGAAUCAACGCUGGACCUAUGUCCUCUGUGGAUAUACUUAUUGGCGAUAACCGAGGCAAUCGGAUAAUUCUGCCUCAUGCAACGUGGGUGACAUUCAUCAAAAAACGUGCAGGGAUUCAGCGACUCGUGCAGUCGCCGGCACCAUCAUCGCUAGCGUUUCGAGAUUUGGAACUCGUUAAAAUACGCGACGCAGAUAUUGUAAAAUUGACAUCGUGCGACACCAGCUUGUACACGAAACCGUCAACCGUACUCUUUCUGUUUGAAGUAGAACAUUGUGUUGAAAAUGUGUAUUUUCAACUAUGUCAAAAUGUUCAUGGCGUAUAAAUGAAAAAUCCAAACAGUUUGUGACAAUUUUACGCCAAAAUUGUAUCAUCGAUAAAUGUAAUGCAGUUAAAAUCUUGCGUGAAGUUUAUGAUAAAAAUUCGAUUAUUGAUUGCGAAUUAUUAGCCUACGCUUUAGAUACUGUUGUGUAUAUUGCGCUACAUGAGAAAUAAAUAAGUAUAUAAUAUGGUUAAAAAAAUUUCCUUUUCAUUUACCGUUCCUUGUCGUUAAGCUGUCUUCGUUUAUCGUUUACUUAAAUGUAAUAUUAAAAUUAAAUAUCGCGAAGAUCUAAACGAUUAAAUAUCGUUGGCGAAG